AUGCAGAAGGUUGCCAAGCUGGAAGCGUUUGAUUAUUUGCCAAUACGGGGCCCAGUUAAGCUGAAAGGCCCCGAUGUCGGUCUGCAGUAUAUUGAGUUUUACGGCACAAGAGCAGUCAAAAUCCCAACUACGCCCUAUGAAGUAUUUUUCGGAAGGAAUGUGGCAAGUGGCCUCAGGCAGCUCUUAAAGAAGCUCUCAUUGAAAACCAGGAAGUUUAUUGGAAACACCAGCAUGGAUCCGCAGCUCUCAUUGCUGAUGGCAAAUCAAGCUCAAGUGAAUAGUGGCAGUAUUAUUUUGGGCCCAUUUGUAGGCUACGGAUCUUUGUUGGUGGCUGUUGCUGAGUUUGGUGUCUAUGUUUUCGAAUCUGAUAUCGACUAUUUGAUGUUACAUGGGAAGACAAAACCGACCAGGAUUAAACAGCAGAAAAGAGCCAAGGACGAGAGUAUCAAAGCCAACAUAAAACAAUACAACUUAAGCCACAAAUACAUUGAUGUGUUAAUAAACGACUUCAGCCUGUCCUUUUGGAGAGAUUCCAUGGAAUUCGAUGCCAUAAUAACAGACCCUCCUUAUGGAAUCAGAGAAGCCACCGAGAGAGUGGGAACGGAGAAGCAAAAUUACAUAGUCAGCGAUGAACAUUUGCCCACUCACGUACCCGCAAAAAUCGAAUACGGAAUUCCCAGCAUCUACCGAGACUUGCUGAUAUUCGCAUCUAAACACUUGAGACUAGAAGGACGACUAGUUUGCUGGUUUCCAGUAUUCAGGGAAGAUUAUACGGAAAAAUGCCUGCCCAGGCAUCCCUGCUUGACUCUGAUCGCCAAUUCCGAACAGCCGCUCAGCAAAGUGACCUCAAGAAGACUGCUGACGUACAAAAAAGUGAAACGUUCCUCUGUGGACGAGCUCAACAUAAAGGAUGCGAACAUUCAGGACUUCAGGGACAAAUACUUUGUGGUUCGGGAAGAGUGCAGAAGGGUGAAGCGCCAAAAGGAAGCUGCUCUUCGAAAGUAUUUUACUUACUCUAUGGUAGAGCAUAGAACAUAUAACAAGGCUUCUCUAUCUUUAAAAAUGUAGAAGUUACUCAUACAAAGAUUUAGAA